AUGGAGGAAAUAGUCAUAAGUGGAAUAUCAGGAAGAUUACCAGAAUCUGAUAAUAUUGAAGAAUUCCGCCAGCAUUUAAUUCUAGGAGAAGAUAUGGUGACAGACGACGACAGAAGAUGGGAACCAGGAUUACAUGGGCUACCAACCAGGAGUGGUAAACUUAAAGAUAUCUCUAAAUUUGAUGCCACAUUUUUUGGUGUCCAUCCCAAGCAAGCAGAUGCAAUGGAUCCACAACUUCGUAUAUUACUGGAAAUCACACAAGAAGCACUUGUUGAUGCAGGUGUUAACCCUAAUUCAAUUCGUGGCUCACGAACUGGUGUGUUUAUUGGUGUGAGUACAUCAGAUGCUGGUGAAGCAUGGUCAGCUGAUCCUGAAAAAUUAGUUGGUUACAGUAUGACGGGCUGCUGUAGAGCUAUGUUUGCCAAUAGACUUUCUUAUUUCUUUGAUUUCAAAGGACCAAGUUAUGCCAUUGAUACAGCCUGUUCAUCUAGUAUGUUAGCAUUUGAUGAAGCCUUACAUAAUAUUAGAAUGGGUCAUUGUGAUGCUGCUAUAGUUGGUGGAUCUAAUCUUUGUUUGAAACCAACUUCUGCUCUCCAGUUUUUAAAACUUGGCAUGCUGUCUCCUGAUGGUUCCUGUAAAUCAUUUGAUGAAUCUGGAAAUGGUUAUUGUCGUAGUGAAGCUAUAGUGGCUAUAUUUCUACAGAAAAAAUCAGUAGCUAGAAAAAUUCUAUCAUCAGUUAUACACUCCAAAACUAAUUCUGAUGGCUCUAAAGAACAAGGUAUCACAUUCCCUUCUGGUGCUGUGCAGAAAGAAUUAUUACAAGAAGUCUACCAAGAAUGUGGUAUAUCACCUUCCAAAAUAGCUUAUGUUGAAGCUCAUGGCACAGGAACAAAAGUUGGUGAUCCACAAGAAGUUAACAGUAUUACAGAUGUCUUUUGUAAAGACAGAAAAGAACCAUUAUUGAUUGGAUCAACUAAAUCUAACAUGGGUCACCCAGAACCUGCUUCAGGUCUUGCAGCAAUUGCCAAAGUCAUAAUAGCCAUGGAAGAUGGAAUGAUUCCUGCAAAUCUUCACUUCGAUAAUCCUAAUCCAGAUAUACCAGGUUUAUUUGAUGGCCGUCUGAAAGUUGUGGCAGAAAGAACGAGAUGGAAUGGAGGAUAUGUGGGUGUCAAUUCAUUCGGUUUUGGAGGUGCUAACGUCCAUGCAGUGCUUAAAUCAAAUUCCAUCGAAAAAUCAAAUCAUCCAGCAGCAAAAGCUAAAAGACUCUUCACAUACUCUGCUCGAACUGAAGAAGGUUUGAAGCAAGUUUUCUCCGAAGUGAAAAAACACAUAGACGAUGUUGAAUUCCAAACUCUAUUGAGUGAAAGUGCUAAUACAUCAUCUAGUUCGCAUCCUAUUAGAGGAUAUACAGUAUUAAAUAGUGAAGAUGUUGAAGAUAUACAGAAGAGUUCUGGAGAUAAUCGUCCAGUUUGGUUUGUAUUUGCUGGUAUGGGAACACAAUGGUAUGGUAUGGGUAAAACUAUGAUGGAAUUGGAGAUAUUUAAAAGAUCUAUAUUGGAAUCAGAUGCAGUAUUAAAACCCCAUGGUAUCAAUCUGUAUGAUUUGAUCAUGCAUGGUGAUGACAAGACAUUUGAAAAUACACUCCAUUCAUUUGUCGGUAUUGCUGCUAUACAGGUUGCUUUAGUGGAUUUACUCCAUAAGAUGGGUAUUAAAGCUGAUGGUAUUGUUGGGCAUUCAGUCGGAGAGUUAGGUUGUGCUUAUGCUGAUGGUUCUCUCACUGCAGCUGAAACUGUUUUGGCGGCCUUUUGGAGAGGAAAGUGUAUCCAGAAUGCCAAACUUCCACCAGGUGGCAUGGCUGCUGUUGGUUUAACAUGGGAAGAAGCUAAGAAAAGAUGCCCUAAAGGCGUAGUACCUGCUUGUCAUAAUUCAGAAGAUACAGUCACUAUAUCUGGUCCGACAGAGUCUGUGUCUCAGUUUGUUACUGAAUUGAAAGCUGAUGGUAUAUUUGCCAAGGAAGUCAACAGUAAUGGUGUAGCCUUCCAUUCAUAUUAUAUGGCUGAUAUUGCACCUGCUUUGAAAGAAGCUUUAUCAAAGGUGAUAAAACCCAAACCUCGUUCAAAACGAUGGAUAAGUUCCUCCAUACCAGAAUCUAAGUGGGACACAGACCUAGCCAAAUUCUCUUGUGCUGAUUAUCAUGUCAACAAUCUGGUCAGUCCAGUUUUAUUUCAAGAAGCUCUUCAACAUGUUCCAAAGGAGGCAGUCGUCAUGGAGAUAGCACCCCACUGUUUAUUACAAGCUAUAUUAAAAAGAUCUUUAGAUUCAAGUUGUUGUUUGGUUGGUUUAAUGAGUCGAAAGAGUAAACAUAAUGUUGAAUACUUUUAUUCUAGUCUUGGGAAAUGUUAUAUUAAUGGUGUACAAUUCAAACCAUUAGAUAUUUUCCAUCCUGUUCAGUACCCUGUGUCCAGAGGAACCCCACUAAUCUCGCCCCUCAUUAAAUGGGACCACAGCCAAUCUUGGAAUGUACCCAAAUCAGAUGAGUUCUUGAGUGGUGGAGAUGGAAAACAUUCUGAUGUGUCUUAUGAGAUAGAUAUGAGCCAGGAGUCAGCAGAUAAUUAUCUGCUUGGUCAUGCUAUUGAUGGUAGAGUUCUCUACCCUGCUACAGGUUAUCUUUACUUGGCAUGGAAAACUCUGGCGAAGUUAAAUGGAAAGUUUUUUGAACAGAUGCCUGUCAAAUUUGAAAAUGUUAACAUCCAUAGAGCAACUAUUUUACCAAAGACAGGAACAGUCAAAUUAGAUGUAAGUAUCAUGAAGGCGUCUGGUGAUUUUGAGAUCUGUGAGAAUGGUAAUCUGUCAGUCAGUGGUAACAUUCAAGUUGUUGACAAUACAGAUUCUGAAUAUUUUGAACCUGAUGCCAGUUUAGAUGACCAAGUGAAAGAGGGCAUAGACCUAUCUAAGGCUGAUAUUUAUAAAGAAUUGAGACUGCGUGGUUAUGAUUAUGGUCCAACAUUUCAAGGCAUUAUGAUGUCUAAUGGUGAAGGAAAUAGAGGCCAACUCGUAUGGAAUGGCAAUUGGGUAUCAUUCCUGGAUACAAUGCUGCAGAUUCAAGUCUUGGGAUUAUCAGGUCAUGGAUUACGUCUACCAACAAGGAUUAAAUCUCUGUAUAUUAAUCCCUUAAUCCAUUCUGAUACAGCUGUUGAUUUUUCCGAUACAGAACAAGUUAUUGAUGUCACAGUGGAUAAGAUUCUAGAUAUUUGUUACGCUGGGGGCGUAAGAAUACAUGGUCUUCAUGCCACAGUUGCACCCAGAAGACAUCAACAAAAUAGUCCCACAAUUGAAGAAUAUAAAUUCAUUCCUUACAUUGAAAAUGUGAAAGACACCUUCAGUAAAGAUUUGCAAGAAUAUGGCAAAUAUUAUUCUAAACUGAAAGAAAAGUACUGUCAGAAUCCUCAUUGUGGAUUGUCCCAAGUUCUUCAAAAGAUUUUUACCACAUCAUUGUCAUCAAAUUUUUCUGAGAAUGUAAAUAACAUCCUUCAUGCAUUCCAAAUUGAAUUGGCUUCUGAUCAGUUAUUGAAUUGUUUGGCCCAGUCACGUGUCCUGAAACCAUGUCUAGACAUAGUUUUGGAAAAUAUGACAACUAGAAAACUGAAAAUUGUAGAAAUUGAUGCCUCCAAAAGUAACCUUCAUCACAAUAUCAUGGGACAACUGAAUACACAGCCAAUGGUUACCUUAGACUACACCACGGGUGAAACCAGCCAGACGGACACAACAGAGCUAGAAUCAAAGGGAGUUAAAUCUGUGUUAUUUGAUUUUCAAAAACCAAGCAUGACUGACAUGAGUUUAGUGGUUGCUAAUAAUGUCCUCCAUAAACAGUCCAGCAUAGCAGAUGCUUUAACAUCCAUUACGAACUGUGUUUGUGAAAAUGGUUUUAUUUUGAUCAAAGAAAUCACUCAGAAUUUUCCAUUGGCUCUUUCAUUAGAUGCUUUGUAUAGAACUCUUCCUAAAGUCAGCGACCAACGAACUUGUGGUUUGUACCUAAAUGACUCUGAUUGGAUCAAAGAAUUUGAAAAAUUAAACUUGAGCUUGGUGUGUCAGAAAUCUGAUGGUUUUAUGUCCACUCUUUUCCUUUUACGGAAGCCUGGCAAAGUCAGUGAAAAUCAAACCAUCAUGAACGUCGAUGAUUUGGAGUGUAAUUGGGUUGAAGAACUAAAGACUAAGUUAAUGGAUUUUCAAUCUAAAGCAGACGGUGACAAUUUGUGGUUGUAUUCCUCCAAUCAGAAGACUGGAAUAAUUGGUUUAGUAAAUUGUUUAAGAGGUGAAUCUGGUGGAGAACAUUUGAGGUUUAUAUUGAAUUAUGAUGGUGGCCUAAAAGACAUUUCUAACGCUAGUCCAGAUUUCUUGUCCAUAGUUAAUACAGAUUUAGUCAGCAAUAUUCAUAUGAGUAGAAAAUUUGGAUCUUUAAGGCAUAUCCAAGCUGAAGAAACUGGUACCAAACCAGUAGAUCAUGCCUAUGUGAAUGUGUUAACAAGAGGAGACUUAUCCAGUUUAAAAUGGAUAGAAUCACCAUUAAAAUAUUUUGAACCAACCAAAGUUAAAGAAAAGAAUCUCUGUGAUGUCUAUUAUGCUUCUCUGAACUUCCGAGAUAUUAUGCUGGCAACUGGGAAACUACCACCUGAUGCCAUUCCUGGAGAUAUGGCAUUACAAGACUGUAUUCUGGGUAUGGAAUUCUCUGGACGUAAUCAUUCUGGUAAAAAGAUCAUGGGUUUAUUAGAAGCUAAGGGCCUGGCAACCACAGUGGAUGCUGAUCAUAGAUUUUUAUGGGAUAUUCCUGAGAAAUGGUCCAUGGAAGAGGCAGCUACAGUACCAGUAGUCUAUUCUACAGUUUACUAUGCUUUAGUUGUAAGAGGACAAAUCAAGAAAGGGGACAAGGUUCUAAUUCACUCUGGUUCUGGUGGAGUUGGACAGGCAGCCAUUUCUGUAGCUCUUCAUCAUGGAUGUGAUGUCUAUACAACUUGUGGAUCUAUGGAGAAAAGAAUGUUCUUGAAGAAAAUGUUCCCGAAGUUGAAGGACAACCAUUUCAGCAAUUCCAGAAGUUCCGCAUUUGAGUUUGAUUUCCGUAGAGUUACCAAAGGAAAAGGAAUGGAUGUUAUUUUGAAUUCACUAGCAGAAGAGAAGUUACAAGCCAGUUUACGUCUGUUGGCACCUCAUGGAAGAUUUUUAGAGAUUGGCAAAUUUGAUUUGUCUAACAAUACUCCAUUAGGAAUGUCAAUAUUUUUAAAGAACAUCACUUUCCAUGGAAUAUUGUUGGAUGCUCUGUUCGAUGAAGGUAAUAAAGAUUGGAGUCAAGUAGCAGACUUAGUUAAAGAGGGAAUCAAAUCAGGUGCUGUCAAACCCUUGCAGACAACAGUUUUUGAAAAGAAUGAAAUUGAGGAAGCAUUCAGAUUUAUGGCUCAAGGAAAACACAUCGGAAAAGUUGUCAUUAAGGUUAGAGAUGAGGAGGAAACCAAAGUGGUUAAACCUGUUGCAAUCAAAACACCAGCUAUACCACGUACAGCAUGUCAUCCCAAUAAAACUUACAUCAUCAUUGGUGGCUUGGGAGGCUUCGGUUUGGAACUUUCACAGUGGUUGAUAGAUCGUGGUGCCAAAUCUCUUGUUCUGACCUCCCGCUCUGGUAUAAAGUCUGGAUAUCAAUCUAGAAAGUUACGAUUAUGGAAGAAGAGCGGUAUAAAUGUAGAGGUAUCAUCUAGAGAUGUCAAGACUGAAUCUGAAGCUAAACAGUUAAUAACAGAAUCUUCUAAACAUGCCCUAGUUGGUGGAAUCUUUAAUUUAGCAAUGGUUUUGAGAGAUGGCUUCAUGGAGAACCAGACAUUGGAAAAUUUCCAGAAAGUUUGUGAACCCAAAGUGAAAGGAACCAGUAAUUUAGAUAAAGUAACAAGAGAGAUGUGUAAAGAUAGUUUAGAUUGGUUUGUUGUAUUCUCAUCAGUCAGUUGUGGUAGAGGCAAUCCAGGACAGGCCAAUUAUGGUUUUGCCAACUCCUUUAUGGAGCGAAUUUGUGAAGCUAGAAAGCAAGAUGGACUACCAGGAUUAGCAAUUCAAUGGGGAGCUAUAGGAGAUGUUGGUGUGGUCUUAGAAACAAUGGGCAGCAAUGAUACAGUUGUUGGUGGUACAUUACCUCAGCGCAUCACUUCCUGUCUGGCUAUCUUAGACGAGUUCCUCAAUCAGUCUCAUCCAGUUAUGUCUAGUUUUGUGCUAGCUGAAAGGACGUCUGGUAGUAAAGAUGGUGAUUCCAGCAGACCUGAUCUGGUGCAAUCUGUUGCCAAUAUUUUAGGAGUGAAGGAUGUAUCUAGUAUUAAUGCUGAUACUAGUCUAGCUGAUCUUGGAUUAGAUUCCUUGAUGGGUGUGGAGGUGAAACAAACAUUAGAAAGAGACUUUGAAUUAUCAUUGUCAAUGCGUGAAAUAAGACAACUGAGCAUUUCUAAGUUACGUGAUAUUGGUGGCAGCUCGUCACCUGAACCCAAGUCUGGUGAUACCGAGAAGAUGACUAAUGGUUUGAAUCUAGAUGAUAGCGGAGUGUCCGUUCGUUAUGAUUUUGAUCAUUUGAUUCCAUCCUCUACCAUCAUCCAUUUGAAUUCUGUUAAAAAUACUGUCAAUCCAUUGUUUAUUGUACAUCCUAUUGAAGGUGUUACCAUUAUGCUAGAAAAUUUAGCAAACCAACUGUCUUGUCCUGUGUAUGGUAUCCAAUGUACACAAGAGGCACCUUUAUUGUCCAUAGAAGCACUGGCUGGGUAUUAUUUAGAGCAAAUGGACACAAUCCAACCUAAUGGUCCCUACAGAUUAGCUGGUUAUUCAUUUGGAGCAUGUGUUGCCAUGGAGAUGGCUCUGCAAUUAAAGGCUCAUAAUCCUGAUGACCCUAACAUUGUCCAGUGCCUCGUACUCUUUGAUGGUUCCCAUAAGUAUGUAGCUGCUCACAUUCAACCAUAUUUGGAUAAAAUAUCACCUGGUAAUGAUGCCCAAGCAGAAGCUUAUGGAAUGAUGGCAUUUAUCCAACAAUUUAUGCCAGUUGAAUUUAAAGAGCUGUACCAAGAAUUAUUAGAUCAACCAGAUUUUAAGAGUCGAAUCAGCUGUGCUAUAGAUAAGCUAAUGCCUCUACGAAUAUUUCACCAUCGCAGUGAACUAGAGUUAACAGCCAAAUCCUUCUUUGAUAAAAUAUUGAUUGGUGGCAAAUACAUUCCAAAAUCCUCUUAUAAUGGUGACAUACAUCUACUUAAAGCUAAACAAUGUACCUAUGAUUCCAAUGUACUGGGUUCUGAUCUUGGUUUAUCACAGAUUUGUAGUGGUAAAGUUCAUACUCACGUUAUUGAAGGAGACCAUGAAAACUUUAUUUUGGGUGAAAAUGCCAAGAAAAUUGCUGCAGUAUUGAAUCCUAUGUGGUAG